CUUCCGUGCACCAUCAUGUCCAAGCGCCUUGAUUAUAUCAGUUGGGAAGACUAUUUCAUGGGCAUUGCCAUGGCUUCUGCUCAAAGAAGCAAGGAUCCAUGCACACAAGUCGGAGCUUGCAUCGUGAACAGUGAUCGGAAAAUUGUAGCAACUGGAUACAAUGGCAUGCCAUGCGGCUGCAACGAUGACUUGAUGCCUUGGGGCAAAGUGGGGACUAGCAUUUUGGACACAAAAUAUCCAUACGUAUGUCAUGCGGAGAUGAAUGCAAUCAUGAACAAGCAUGCAGCAAGUGUUGUCGGUGCAACGAUGUUCGUUACACUAUUUCCGUGUAAUCAAUGUGCCCAGUUGAUCAUUCAGUCUCGCAUAGCCGCUAUCGUUUACCUAGAAGAUAGAGACAAGCCGGACUACGAUGCUGCACGUCGCUUAUUUGAUAUGAGUGGCGUCACAUAUAGGUAUGACUGA